UCCGAACAUACCCUCACACACUCUACAUAUCUACACUCACAAAAUUCUAAACAUCAAACCCACCGACACCCUCCACAUAACAAUCACCAUGUCGUCAGCCGAGAACAACCCCGGAAACUUCGCCAACCGUCCCAAGGAGGAAGUCCGCGAGAUCGCCGCGAAGGGUGGCCGCGCCAGCCACGGCGGCAGGAGCUCCAACGACAACGACGACGACAGCUCUACCCAGUCCCACUCCGGCGGCACCCAGAACACCAACCCUGGCAACUUCGCCAACCGGUGAGCACUCCCUCCCCCCUUCCCAUAACUUUCCACCGCCAUCUCGCUGACAGCGCGAACAGUCCUAAGGAGGAAGUCCGUGAGAUCGCCGCAAAGGGCGGCCGUGCUAGCCAUGGCGGUCAGUCGAAGGACGAGGACGAGGAGUGAUUGGUGAGUGGAAACGAUGCGCUGGCGCUUUGAUUGAACUUGGAAUGUAUAUUUUAGCGAAGGGAACGGAAUGGAAAGGAUCAUCUGAAGUCAAUGUUCAG